AUGCUGGGUCUCAUCAAUUUUGCGACGCAAAAACCCAACCUCGACGAAGCAAACGAAGGCCUCGCGGGCCACUUCUUCUUAGCAGUAUUAGCUAUAUGUAUUGCAUACUAUUGCAUGCUCAAGCCCGGAGAUCUGCAUAAAUUGCCGUUCUUGUUAUCCACGCCUUCUCGCUGGGUUCUAGUUGCUUCAGAUUGGGCAAUACUAAAGCAGCUGGGACAUGCCGAUGAAAGAAUUCUUUCAAUGCAGGCAGCCGCCGAUGAGAGAAACUCCACUUCGUACCUCCUCAGCAGUAGCAUACACAGCAACCCGUAUCAUAUCGAACUGAUCUUGAGAAGGCUCACACCACUUAUAGAGGCCCUCAUACCAGACGUUCUAGAAGAAGUGGGUUUAGCUUUCGACGAGCACACUGGAAGCUGCAGCGAGUGGGUAGAGUUGCCUCAGCUUGAGGUGCUUUUGACACGAUGUGUAUCGAUAGCUACGAGUCGCGUACUUGUCGGACACAAUCUUUGUCGUGAUGAAGAGUACAUCGAAUCCCUCACACGACUAUCUCACAGUGCACCUCGUGCCGGCCUGCUUUGCUCCUUGGUGCCACGCACUUUGAAGCCUCUGGUGGCAAGAUGGCUCGUUCAUCAGUCCUACGAGUUUCAAACAUUCUUAGAGAAAGUCAUGCCUUUAGUUAAGAAUAGACGUCGAAUAAUUACUACGGAACGAGAGGGAGGAGAAGAACAAACUGGUGAUGCGAUUCAAUGGAUCUGCGAUGCCGCCCCAACCACAGAAACCGACUGCGAGGUGUGCAUGAGGAUUCUGUACAUCUACAUUUCUGCAAUUGGUACCACAUCUACCGCGAUUGGACAAGCGGUCUACGACCUCGCAGAAAAUGCCAAAUUCCAAGAUCCAAUUCGGGACGAGAUUGUCAGCAUUGUUCAAGAAUUUCGAGGCUGGUCAAAGUCUUCCCUGAACAAGAUGCGCAAGCUGGACAGUUCGAUCAAGGAGAGCCAGAGACUGCAUCCCGUCACCACAGCUACGAUGAUGAGAAAGGCACAGAAGUCUUGCACACUUGCAGAUGGGACAACUCUCCCUCAAGGACGAUGGGUCGUUGUGCCUGCGUAUUCCAUCAAUCGAUCUAGCCAGUGGCAUGACGAACCAGACAUGUUCGACGCAUUUCGGUUUUCUCGAUUGACUGAGCGAGAUAGCUUUGGGAACCGGCAUGGAAUUGUCAUUCCUGGCAGAGGUUUCCUGACAUUCGGUAUCGGAAAGCACGCAUGGUUAGAUACAGUCAUCUCCUACUAG